GCUUAACGCUGAGCAACACUGGCCAGUGCUCAGUCCAAGCCAGAGUUGCAUUUUUUGUGACAAGUAAAAAACCAAUAUUUCCACUCCACUUCAUUGGUAAAAAAAGGAUUCAAUUAAAAGGAGCCAUCUGAACAAUACAGACACCAGGGAAUUAGGACAGAGCGAGUAUACAACAAAAAAGGAAGAUCAUGGAGCAAGAAACUAUGAGUGCAUUAUUCGAGGAUGAAGCGCAGAAUGACGUCAACGAUGAAAUUUCAAGCGCUUGGCAGCCCAGACCAGGGUGCAAUCCGGUUGACGAAAAGGCUGUCCACAAUCUUCUUGUGUGGGAGGAAGCAUGGAAAAAACAAGUGAUGGAGCGUAAGGAAAAAAUCGACGAGGAGCUCAGCAGGUCGAUAUUGCCAGAGCCAUGGCCACCCAUUGGGCAACCCAACGGACGCAAGCGCAAGCAUCCCAUGGACAAUCCAAAAGAGCCUGCUAUCGCUGUCGGGAAUCUUCUUAGCUGGGAGGAAAAAUGGGACCAGCAAUACAAUACCACAAGUCGCAAUUUGUACAGAGACCAAUGAGGUUGUAUUCCUUGGCCUGGAGCUGCAAUCCACCGAAGAAAUAGCCUCUUCUGUAAGGGGUUUCGGAGAUCCCCUGGACUAGUCGCAGGCACAGGCGCAGGAGAUUUCCCCACAGGUCAUCAGAAAGGAGGUCCCAGGUCACUGGGAUUGGAUUACGAUGACUUUGAAUACGAGUACGAGUAGAUUAUACAAAUUAGCAGAUAAUCCGAUAUAAACAGUUCUUUCAUUUCGUUUUGUUAAAUGCAAAAAAAUUCCUCAGGGAUAUACUUAGUAUAUUAACCAAUCCAAUUGAUAUCUCUUCUUCACGGACUCUAAGCGGGCCC